AUGACUGACUACCUUGCUAAAGCUAAGCAAAUAUUGCAAGAUCACCCUUUCGUGAUGUUGUCAAAACUGUGGUGCCCCGAUUGUGUUUAUGCCAACAAUGUCUGGUCAAGUUACGGUGUCACGGAAAAGAUCCAUCUCAUCGAAUUAGACAAAUUCCCUGAUCAAGAGGAAGCUGCCAAGUUGGAAGCAGCUUUCACAGAAAUUAGCGGACGAAAAUGGGUACCGACAAUUUUCUUCCAUGGUAAAAAGCUUGGAACCGAACAAGAUUUGAAGAAUUGGUCAGCGGAUGGCACGCUUGACUCCGUAUUCAAAGAAAACCAGUUGAUCUAA